GUUACUAUACAUAUGCAUCACAUCAUUAUCUAAAAAAACCCACGUCUUUCCUGCCUUUUUAUGUCAAUUUAAAACCCAUCAGGACUCUUAUUUUGAACUACAACACCACCGUAGGCUGUAACGCAGGCGAGGCGCCGUCGACACGAGUCCGGGAACAUGAAGAGAUCGGGUGACAGUGAGGGAGAGAAGAGGAGAAAGAGGCGCAAGCUUCUGCAUGUGCUAGGAGACACGAAGAUCCCCUACCUAGGACCUUCAGAUGGGGGUUUCCAGCACCUGUGGGACUCCAGCUACUCGGGCCUGGUGCUGCGGCCGUCCUGCUCCCUGCCCACGGAGCUCCACGGCCGGGUGCAGGCCGCGCUGAGCACCCUGAGGACCAAGGGCUGCCUGCUGCGGGACCUGGUGCGGGUCCGCGACCGGGACGUCUUCACCAGCGUGUCCCGCGCCCUGCUGGGGCAGCCGGGCCACACCUACCGCUACCUGGACACGCGGCUCUUCGCCAUCCCCUGGCACACGGAGGAGGGGGGCGUCGGUGGCGGCGGCGGCGGCGAGGAGGCAAAGGCGGGCUCCCCGCGCUGCUGCGACCCCGACAUGAGGGCCGCCUGCCAGGCCCUGUGGGCCCUCAACAGCUUCUUUUGCACCGACGUGCCCCGCAGGGAGCCCGAGGAGCGGCUCGACCUGUUCAUCAAGGCCGAGGGCGUGGUGGGGAAGGGGGCGGAGCCGGCAGAGGACGCCGAGUCCAAACACAGCGGGGACUCCAAGCACAGCGAGGGCGGCGACUCCAGGGGGUCCCGGCAGAGCGAGGAGGACGGGGGGGGCACAGGCGAGUCCAAGCACAGCGACGAGUGGGACCUGGAGUCCAGGCACAGCGACGAGGGCUGCUGCCCCGGGGCCGGCCCAGGGGCACGCUGGGAAACGGAGUCCAAGCACAGCAGCGAGGGCGAGGGGGGGUCGUCUCAGGCCGUGCCGGGGCCCUCCAAGGCGGGGGGGUCCAAACAGUGCGAGGGGAAGUGCCCCACGUGGACGCUUAAGACGGGGGAAAGCACGGAGGCCGAGAGGGGCGGGGCCAAGCAGAAGCCGGUGACGGACCUCAAGCGCACCCUGUGCGACUACCACAUCGAAGACGAAGAGGAGGAGGAGCAGGAGGAGCAGGAGGAGCAAGAGGAGCAGGCGGCCCUCCCCACCCCCCCUGGGAGGUGCACGGCGCCGCCGCAGUUCAACGUCACGCUGCUGAACUUCAUGGACCCGGCGGCCAUGAGGCACCUGAAGGAGGAGCCGUACUACGGCAUGGGCAAGAUGGCGGUCGGCUGGCACCACGACGAGAACCUGAUCGCCCAGUCGCCCGUCGCCGUCUACAGCUACAGUUGCCAUAGCGACGCGGCAGGUGAGGGCGGCGAGGGAGCCAGCAAGGAGGUGUCGCGCUGGCGGAUCGGCCUGAAGGUGGCCUGGGACAUCUACACCCCCGGUCUGGCCCUGCCCCUGCAGUCCGGAGACUGCUACUACAUGAGAGAUGACCUGAACACCACUCACCAGCACUGUGUCCUGGCAGGAGACAACGCCCGCUUCAGUUCCACCCACAGGGUGGCAGAGUGUUCCAAGGGGACCCUGGAGUACAUCCAGUCCCGCUGCACGGAGGCCCUGGCAAACCUUGGUGUGGACCCCGAGAGCGGGGCCCACAGCCUGCGCUCCCUGCUGCCCCUCACGCUCAAGCACUGCGAGGACAUCCACAACGAGGUGGAGUUCGAGUGGCUCCGGCAGUACUGGUUCCAGGGCCAGCGCUACACCCGAUUCUGCAGCUGGUGGAGCGGGCCCAUGGAACAGCUGGAGCGGGACUGGAAGCUGAUGGAGACCAUGACCAUGCUCUUCCUGUCGGCGGUGGAGGACGAAGGACAAGCCGGGGAGAGCAGGCGGGAGAUGGCCGAGACCCUGCUGGCGGCCCUGACCAAUCGGCAGCAGCAUCGGCAGACGUGGAGGGACAGGUAGGACUACUUUUAGACCUGCGAGGGGCUUUACAGGCUCAGCUCCCAUUGGUUGAUCGAGCUGCCCGUUCCACUCUGAGGACCAUUCCGCCCAAUCACAGCUCAGCGCCACCCGAUUGGCUUUCCCAAACUGUCUGUCCUCGUUUUGUGUGUACAACGAAAAUGUCAGAGAGACUAGAAAUAGAGUCUAGCACUGUGGUUAACUUGCUGAUUGUUGAGGGGAAGGAUCAAGGGUUUUAUCAAAGUUGUGAUCUGUUCUUCACAAAUCCUCACAAACAAACAAUUGUUUUAAGACCUUUUAUUAUCGUUUGGGAAUGGUCACAUCUGCCGUUGUUUUAAUAAAAAAGCUGUUGAAUGUGUUCUCUUGGUAAACAAAUGGGGACACCAAAGGUUAAUAAAUCAACCGAAUGUCACGUCUUACUUUCAAGAUGUUUAUGAGAUGUUCUCUCGCGAAUGGAAUUGAUCGAAGUGGUUUGGCAAAAACAAGAGGAUAGCAACCAAUACUUUGAUGUGAUUUAUUAUGUGGGAAAAUACACAUGUUUUUGAGAAGCAUAGAGCUUAUAACAUGUGGUUGGUAGAACAAUGAUAAUAAUUCAAAUGAUCAAAAUGAAAUUUUCUGAACAAUAGAGGAUGUAAAAAACUGUUGAGGGUCUAAUUUUGGUUUGUUUAGCGACUAUUAGUAAUCCACCAACACACAUGGCAGUGAAUAAGCUUGCAAAAUGAUCAUUCAAACUGGAAUAGACAAAUAAAUGGGCUGAUGUGAAUUCCACAGAUAUGCAGAAUUUUGCAUUGUUUGUGUCCGCGGUGUUUGCAGUGUUUGGGCCUGGCACCUAUCACAGCCACAUGUGUGUUUGUGAUAAGCCCUGUCACUUCCUUCCUGUGAGAUAGUGGGUGUUGAAUCAGGCUUUGAAACACUGGCCUUUCAUUCAGAUAAAGAAAGGCACACACUCUCCGAGACACUGUUUUGUUAGCUGGGCCUUCUCUCAAUCACUCUCUCCCCAGUAGAA